UUGCUCUUUGUAUAUUUUCGCCAAUCUUUAAACUCUGCACUUUUUAUUUUCAGUCAGCGUCGUAUGACUGCAUGUGUAGAUGUAUACGUACGGCUAUAAGUCUACUGGUGCUUUUAAGAAACAGUCUUGCAAGAACCAAAGAGGAAAAAAAAUUAAAGAACAAGGCAACUGACGCCUGACGGUGGGCGAGAGCGGAGGCACCGCGAGAAGGCAAGCAGAAAGCAGUACGCUCCACAGUACACACCGCCAUCACAACGGGAAGCAGAGUGGUGUGAGAGGAGUGUCGGGGAGCGGGGGCGCGCGACGCCGAGAUGAGCAUUCGCAGAGCUCGCUUCCUCCUCGUCGUUCUCGCCGCCGUCGGGCUCCUCCUCCACGUGCCGCCGCCGGUGUCGUGCGCCGACCUCUACGCGCUCAUCUACAAGGGCUGCGCCAACCAGACCUUCCCGGGCGGUGGGCUUCCCCCCACCAUCGCGGCCCUCUCCUCCGCGCUCUCCGCGCAGUCCGCCUCCGCCAAGUUCUACAAGACCUCCUCCUCCUCGGCGUCGGCGCCCUCCACCUCAGUCUUCGGCCUCUUCCAGUGCCGCGGGGACCUCUCCGGCUCCGACUGCGCCACCUGCGUCUCCCGCGCCAUGUCCUCCUGGUCCGAACUCUGCGGCCCCUCCGUCGCCGCGCGGGUCCAGCUCGCCGGCUGUCUCGCGCUCUACGAGGUCUCCGGGUUCCCCCAGGUCUCCGGCAUCCAGAUGCUCUUCAAGACCUGCGGCACGGGGGGCGGCGGCGGGGGCGACUUCGAGAUGCGUCGGGACACAGCCUUCGCGCAGCUCGAGGGAGGCGUCGCCGCCAGCACCGGCGGGUUCGUCGCCACCAGCUACCAGGCGGUGUACGCCAUGGCGCAGUGCGAGGGCGAACUCUCCACGGGGGACUGCAGCCAGUGCGUCACCCAGUCUGUGCAGCACGUCGAGGUCGAGUGCGGCGGCGCCCCCUCCGGCCAGGUUUACCUCGACAAGUGCUACAUUAGCUACAGCUACUACCCCCACGGCGUGCCCCAUGGCGGAGGCAUGGGAGGGCAGCAGACAGGAAAGACUGUAGCCAUUGUGCUUGGAGGAGCGGUAGGUCUGGGUUUCCUGGUCAUCUGCUUGCUUUUCGCCAGGAGUCUGGUCAAGAAGAAGGAUGAUUAUUGAUGGGAAAGCAUGGAGCAUCUGGACAAAGGCAUCGGGGCAUGGUGUGCAUUUUGAUAGAAGUGUGUGUGUUUGUUUCUUCAAGGUGGUAGUGGAAUACAGAGGGGAUUGUUUUUUGGCUCUUCUUCCUCUGGCCAUGUGAGGGUGCCAUCCCCUAUGAUGAGUGAGGGAAAAAGAUGGCGACCUGUUCAGAAAACGAAACGGUUCUGGGGGCUAUUUUGGCUCACGAUUAGUUGGUGGAUGAUCUCUGGGCUGUCACCUUUGUCUCUCCUGCGUAGGGCUCUAGGAGUACAUUGAUUCUCUUGUAUUCAUUCCCCAAAGGAAAAUACUCGUAGGUGUAGGCAGAACGUAUUUAGUCUUUUAUUUAAGGUUUCCGGGAGCAGGUUGAGUGUCACUUGGUAGGUUUUGCUAUGGAAAAAUGUCCAUAUGUUCUGGAACCAGGUUUUAACUCUAGGUUCGGUAUAAGCUGGUGAUACCGGUGGUCAAUUUGUCUCUGGCUUUGCUGAUUGACAUUGCUGACCAUGAAACCACACAGCUGUGCAGCUGUUCUCUUUUGACUUG